ACAAAAGUACCGGUACGUAAUUCAAUGGAUGGAUUGAUGGAUGAUGAUGAUGCCGAUGGACUGAUCCGAAGUGAUAUCGGAAGGCGAAAUUAAACGAACGAUGUUGUAAAACAGGGGAUUACAUGCUACUUCAGGAAGUGGAGAUAGGUAAUACGCCAUGGAUCUCGUCUAUGAAAUUGAGGCACACUCCAAUUGUUAAGUCUUGGUCUCAAUAUAUAUGUGAUUUUGAGAGAACAUGGCAUAUCCAGCAAAACCAAACCAUGGUCGUGGGCGAGGCAGAGGAAGAGGAAUUGCAAGAGAAACCAACAAUGUUGAUAUAUUCGGUCAGCAAAAAGCUACCAGACAAUCACAAGCUACCAAUGCAUGGGGAAAUUCAGCAUCCGCAAAUGGAAACAGGAGAAAUGGGAAACAGCCAGAGAAGAAAGAAACAACUCCACAUCCUGCACAGUACGUACGUGUACCACCUUCAACUCAAACCCAGAAACAAGCACCACAUUCUCAACAACUAGCCCAGUCUCCACCGCAGACCAAAUCUCUAAAUGAGCAGUUUGAUUAUGAUUCAUCUUCUGAUGAGGAGUUAGAUGAUGGAAUUGUGAACAAAAUACUGCAAGCAUAUGGUGGUAAAUUAGGUGACCAAGGAGAUGGUGUAUUAUCAGAGAGUAGACAGAAUCUACAGGAAGCCUGCCAGUCUGGAGCUAAUGACUGCUCUGUAUGUCUCGGCAAGAUCAGACGGGUGGAUCCAAUUUGGACGUGCGAUUCCUGUUUUACAAGUCUUCAUCUGCAGUGCAUUCAGAAGUGGGCCAAAGAGGGUAUCUUACAGGCAAGUCUGCAGAAAGAAGAUGAUGAUACAUCGCCCACUGAAAAUGUCUGGUCAUGCCCCAACUGUCGAACAGAGUACCCUAUCAGCCAGUGUCCCAGACAAUACACCUGUUUCUGCAAGAAGGUCGUUGACCCUCCACCGCACCCCUGGCUUGCACCCCAUAGCUGUGGUGAUACUUGUAACAGAUCUCUACGCCCUGAGUGCGGUCAUAAGUGCCUACUACUCUGCCAUCCUGGUGCUUGUCCACCAUGCCCUCAAACGGUGAGGUCUAAAUGUCACUGUGGUAGUCAGGCUCCUCAGCUGAGACGAUGUAGCUCCAGGACCUGGUCCUGUGGCAAGACCUGUUCCAAGGUGCUUCUCUGUGGUCAACAUACCUGUACCCACCCAUGCCAUCCAGGUGAUUGCCCACCUUGUCCGCACACUAGUCGACAGCCUUGCCUAUGUAAGAAGAAGGUUACACUAAGAGAAUGUGCAUCACCUACUUGGGAAUGUGGUGAGGUAUGUGGUAAACCUCUACCCUGCGGUCAUCAUGUAUGCGAGAGAACAUGCCAUGCAGGAGGGUGCGGGGAAUGCCCUCGUAUGGGGCUCAGGAAAUGCCCAUGUGGAAAAACAGCAUUACAACUCAAAUGUACAGAAGACAUUCCUCCAUGUGGAGAUACGUGUGAUAAACCACUACCGUGUGGAGUCCAUCGAUGUACAAGACGAUGCCAUUUUGGCUCUUGUGAAAGUUGUCUUCAGAUGUCAAGAAAGAAAUGUCGUUGUGGAGCAAGAGAGAAGACGUUACCUUGUCAAGAGGAGUAUAAAUGUGAUCGUAGAUGUACCAAUAUGAAGAAUUGCAAGAAACAUCAAUGUAAGCGAAGGUGUUGUAACGAUGAUUGCCCUCCAUGUGAGCAACAAUGCAACAAGUAUCUGCCAUGUGGAAACCACAAGUGCCCUUCUUUAUGCCAUCCAGGUAGAUGUUUUCCUUGUCCUUUGAUGAAAGAACUCAAGUGUCGUUGUGGACAUACUAAGAUAUCUGUAAGAUGUGGCAGGGAGAAGACUAUCAAACCGCCUAAAUGCAAAAGACCCUGCAUGAUACCUCCUGAUUGUCAUCAUCCUGUAAGAGAGAAACAUAGCUGUCAUUUUAACAAGUGUCCUCCUUGUAAGAUGCAAUGUAAUAAAACACUAUCUUGUGGUCAUAUAUGCCCUAAGAAAUGUCAUGACGCUGUGGUGCACAAAAAUGUAGAAAACAAGGGACCAAGAGCUCCAUGGCAGCCAGCUCCUAAAGUAGUUACCAGUAUUGUGAAUGAACCUUGCCCACCAUGUCAAUAUCCCAUUCCUACAGAGUGCCUUGGUAAACAUGAGGUUACUGAUUUGCCGUGCAAUAGAGCUGCUCCUUUUUCCUGUCGACGACCUUGUGGGCGUGUCUUAGCUUGUACCAACCAUCGUUGCCAAUUUGAAUGCCAUGAUGUCCAAGGUGCUGAAGAUAAAACUAAGGCAGGGACCAACUGUCAGGAUUGUGAGGAGGGGUGCAGUAAAGAGAGACCAGAGGGGUGUAAACACCACUGUAGAUUACCAUGUCAUCCCGGUCCUUGCCCCCCUUGUAAGAAGACUAAUAAGAUGAGAUGUCAUUGUAAGGCUAUGGCUCUAUAUGUAGAAUGCAAUGCUUGGUUAAUAGCCAAUGAAUCCGAGAGAGAGGAUCUAGCUUCGUGUAAAGGACCAUGUCCACGCCCACUUUCCUGUAGUCAUCCAUGCUCUAAGACAUGUCAUUCAGGGGCUUGUUCUGAUCCUAAGGCAUGCACCUACAAGGUACCAAGGAAGUGUCCUUGUAAGCGAAGAAAAAGGGAAUUCUUUUGUCAUGAGGCUCAAGCUGGAAAGGCUAAAGUAGAAUGUGAUGAUGUCUGUAAACAACAGAAAGAUAAGAAACUCCAACAAGAUGAAGAAAAAACAAGGAAAGCAGAAGAAGAACAACGUGAAAAGGAAAAGAGGGAUUUGGAAGAAUACGAUCGUCUUAUGAACAAGAAGAAGAAACAACGCAAAAGAAGAGAGUAUGUAGAAGAGGAAACAUUGAUGGAGAAACAUGGUAAACUCAUUUUAAUUGGAAGCAGUGUGACUGUUGUGAUAGCAUUCAUGGUUUAUCUAUUCAUUCUUCAAUGAUUCUUUUCUAUCAGAAUAAAAAUAUAAAUAUAUCUAUAUUUUAUCAUGGAAAACAGGGAUGAAAAUGUACACCAAGUAAAUAAUUUAUGAAAAACUCUUGUAAGUAUGACUUUAUUUAUGUAGACUCCUUUCCAAAGGGUUUUCCGCAAAGUAUUUUCCUGCAGUCUCCUGUAGUGUAGUUACUAAUCACUACACACAUUAAUGAAGAAAUAUGAAUAACAUGUCUUGGAAAAAAAAUGAAAGAAGAUAGAAAAAUAAGAAAACAUGCACCAUCUAUGUAUGCUCAUAAUGUUACUCACUUAAACAGUCUCCAUUAUUUUGCUACAUAUUUUGUAAAAAUGUAUUAGAUUACACUACUCAAAAAUAUUAAACGGAUUCAGAAUAUAAGUGCCAUCAAUCUUAAUCCCUAACUCCACCCAGAUUUACAGUCUUCUUGGCAUUAGUCGACUUUGCAAAAGGAUAAGAAAUUACUGCUUAUUGAGCUUGUGGUUAUUGAGCAAUGUGGUACAUUAUAUCAUAAAAUCUUGGGUGUACAUCGCCUCACAUUGUCAUACAAUGCUUUACAAAUGUGUAGUAGAUGAAAAUUAAUUCAUAUUAUAGGGCAUUGUAAGAAACUCAUAUUCAAUUCCAAUACAA